CCUACCCAUCCAUCCCCACCAUACUGCCCGCCACCUUUGGUCUCGCUUCUCGUCCCAAUCAUCCCUCACUGGUAGUAGCUACCAGUGUCACGACCAGCGUCAGAUACAGAGUGUCGUCCGGACAGCAUCCCACUCUGCUGGGCUGUUCACGUCGCGCGCCUAGCUCCACACACUUGCCUCUUUCGCUCGAUAAACCAGUCUAUCAUCUGACGAGCAAUCCGCUGCAACCAUGUCGAUCCAGAACAUGUCCAAGUCUGCGGUGCGGGUAGGAAAGAAUUACAUCAAGGGAUAUACGGACACUCAGGUCAAGGUUCGAGAUGCCACUAGUAACGACCCUUGGGGACCAAGCGGGACCCAGAUGAACGAGCUUGCCCAGCUGAGCUACAAUCAGAACGACUUUAUCGAAAUGAUGGAGAUCAUGGACAAGCGAUUGAAUGAUAAGGGCAAGAACUGGCGGCACGUGUUCAAGACCCUUACCGUCCUGGACUACCUCUUGCAUGCAGGCAGUGAAAAUGUGGUCAUCUACUUCAGAGACAACAUGUACGUGGUCAAGACCUUACGAGAAUUCCAGUACAUUGAUGAGGGCGGCAAGGAUCAGGGAGCCAAUGUACGCCAAAAGGCGAAGGACAUUACGAACUUAUUGCAAGACGACUCUAGGCUUCGAGAUGAAAGACGAGGUAGAACCAAUAUGAGAGAUCGCAUGUCUGGCACCUCGGCGCCGCCCAACAACGACUUCGAGGACGAAGAAGGCAAGAGGCGGAGGAGGAUGGAGCAAGAGAGAAGGAAAGCAAGGAGAGACAAUGAAGACGACGAGUUGCGGAAGGCCAUCGAGGAGAGCAAGCGCAUGGCUCGAGAGGAGCAGGAUCGCAUUCGAGCGGAGUCUACCAACGAGGACGAUCUGCAACGAGCGCUCGCCCUUUCGCGCGAAGAGGAGGAGAAGCGGAUCAAGGAGCUCGAAGCUAAGAAUCAAAACGCCCUCUUCGACGAUGACUGGAACCUCAUUUCCAAUGCGCCGAACCAGUACGCUCAGCCGCAACAAACUGGAUGGGGAGACCCGAAUGCGAUGUACAUGCAGCAGCAGUACACUAGCUACAACCCAUAUUUCUUUCAGCAGCAGCAAAUGCAGGCCCAGCAAGAGGCAGAGUACCAGAGGCAGAUGGAACUGCAGAAUGCCGCCCAGCAGUAUCAGCAGAUGAUGAACCAGCAACAGCAGAUGCAACAAUUCCAGCCGAUACAGCCACAGCCGACUGCUUUCGGGAGCAAUAACCCCUUUGCAUUCUCGCAACCUCAGCAGCCUCAACAUACUGCACAACCAAUGUUCCAGCCUCAGCAGCCUGCGGAAUCGUCGGUACCGAUCGGUGAUUUGCUAGGAGGAGGCAGUACACCGAAGGCCGAAGUUCCUCCACCUCAGCCUCAGCAGCAGCCCCAGCAGCAGCAGCAGCCAUUGCGGACCAAGAUCACAGAUGAUCCUCGUCAUGCUGAGCUGAACCGUCUCUUGGCCAUGGGCGAUGGAGUUGACACCUUUGGAAACGUCGGAGACGCCAGGCUGGGUCAUGCUGGACGAGGAGGAGCCCUCAUCGGGCAGAGAACAGGAGCGCCGUUGGGCAGCCAGCCCACGGGAAGCAAUCCUUUCUUCAGGCAGUAGCAAGGUCGAUCAAGACCAGAGCGUAUUUGACCAAGUACGCAGAGCUUUGUUCUGCCUCAGGUCUGCAUCAAGAAACCCGCCGUCCCGCUUCCCUGUUCCCCUGAGCAAACUUUGCCUAAACUUCUGUACAGUCUCUUUGUCCCACAUCGAACUUCAAUCAUACCGCGUCUGCUAUGUUCACGG